UCUCAGUCUGGCAGUCUCGCGGAUAAAAAUGGCCGUAGUGUUGUCUUCUUGUCGUGCUUCUGUGGUUUGAUAAUUUUUUCGUAAAUCUUUAUUACGUUUUUAUCAAAGAACUUGAAAGUUUUUUUUCUGAAAAGUGCUGACUAACUGAUUGAUUAAGUGUGACAAUGUCUAAUGGUACAAGUCCGAGUGUGUUGAGUUUUUUGAGACAAUACAGGUUCCAGAGGAAACCAAACGGUCCUGGUGAACCUAGCAGCCCAGUAACGGUUACCUCAUCUCCUUCUGGUUCUCAAAUGAUGCACAACAAUAAAAUUAGGAUGGCUGCGCCAAAUACAGUGGUAGUUAGGAAUGUACCAGUGGUUUACAAGCGGAUACGGCUGCAAGACUCGGACUCCGAUGAUGCAGCGAGUCCCGCUAAGAAGCCCACUGUUACUGUGGAACUCACAACUGCAGUCAAAGAGAGAAGAUUUAGAAAUAUGCUGGAAAUGUUUCCUGAUAUAUCUCCAAUAUUCGUCAAAAACACACUAAUAAAACAUGGCUGGAGUGAGGAGCGAGCCAGGGACGAGCUGCUGAUGCAUGACCCUGAGAGUAACGACAGAGGAUCCACAUCCACAUACUUCGGUUCCAAGCCGGGUGUGUCUGGACAGAGUGCCCCAAGAACUUACACUAACAUGGGGAUAGUCAGAGUGACUAGUGGACCUAAGAUGAAUGUGGUGGUGAGGAAACCCUUGGCGACCAAGGGAGGAAGGGAAAGGGGGGGUAGUAGUGGUAGUGAAGACGACGAUUAUGGCGUCAAAAAAGGAAAAGAUGAUAGAGUUUAUGACAGUGAGGAUUCUGACAAUGAGGUCACAGAUGAUCUUAUAGGCGACAAGAAGAAAGUGUUCGAGUUCCUCAACAAUAGUAAUAUGAAUGAGCUGUCCUUGCUCAGUGGAUGCUCACAGAAGAAAGCUGAAGCCAUCAUGUCUUUGAGACCUUUCAAGGGCUGGGUUGAUAUGGUAGAAAAGUUUAACAGCAAUAAGACGUUGAGUACGGAGCUUCUGAACUCCACGCAAGAGCUGUUGACGACGAGGAACAACAUCCAGCGGCUGAUGAAGAAGUGCGUCGUCCUCGCCCAGCAGUUGGAGUCCGCGGUGGCGGCGGGCGCGGGCCGGCUCAAACAACCCGCCAUUUUGCAUGAAAGCUUGAAACUCGCACCAUACCAGUUGGUAGGCCUGAACUGGCUUGCAGUGCUGCAUAAGCAGGGAGUCUCGGGUAUCCUGGCCGAUGAGAUGGGGCUGGGCAAAACUGUCCAGGUGAUAGCGUUCCUGGCACAUCUGAAGGAAACCGGCCAGGCGAGGGGAACACAUUUGAUUGUUGUACCUGCUUCUACACUUGACAACUGGAGCAGUGAGCUAGCGCGGUGGUGCCCGGCGCUGCGCGUGAGCAAGUACUACGGACAUCCCGAGGAGAGGCGACAACUGCGCAUACAGUACGCCAGGGGACUCGAUGACGUUGAUAUCGUACUUACCACGUACACAAUGGUGAACAGUUGCCCGGAGGAGCGCAAGAUGUUCCGCAUCACGGCGAUGCACUACGUCAUCUACGACGAGGCACAUAUGCUCAAGAACAUGUCCACGCAGCGAUACGACAAUCUGCUUAAAAUUAAGUCGAAGCACCGCCUCCUGCUGACUGGCACUCCGCUGCAGAACAACCUGUUGGAGCUGAUGUCCCUGCUGUGCUUCGUCAUGCCUCACAUGUUCUCCGGGAAGACUGAUGACCUUAAGAGUUUGUUCCAGAAGACUGCUAAAUCUAAAACAACGAAAAAGGCAGAAGGCAAGCAAGAAGAUGACGAGCUGCCCUUCGAGCAGAGUCAGAUUACUCAGGCCAAGCGCAUCAUGAAGCCGUUCGUGCUCCGUCGGCUGAAGAGAGACGUGCUGCAGGACCUGCCCAAGAAGACCAACCACAGGGAGCUCUGCCCCAUGUCGGAGAGACAGGGGAUCCUGUAUAAGAACCUUAUUGCUAGUUUCUCUGCUAAGGAUGGUUCGAUCCACGCCACAACAGAGCAGAGCGGCAUGUCGAUGAUGAUGGACAUGCGCAAGUUGGCCAACCACCCUUUGCUGCUGCGGUACCACUACGCGGACAGCGCGCUGCGCGGGGCCGCGGCGCGCCUGGCCCGGGACCCCGCCUACAAGGAGAACAACGAGCAGUACGCCUGGGAGGACCUGCUCUGCAUGUCCGACUUCCAGAUACACCAGCUCACGCUGCAGUAUAGCUGUAUAUCAUCAUACUCCCUACCCGAGCACCUAAUCCUGGACUCGGGCAAGUUCCAGAAGUUGGACGAGAUGUUGCCGCGACUGAAGGCGGGCGGGCACCGCGUGCUGAUAUUCAGCCAGUUCACCAUGAUGCUGGACAUCCUCGAGCCCUACCUCACUAUACGCAGGCACCGGUAUCUGCGGCUAGAUGGCAGCACUGCCGUCCCUGAUAGACAAGACUUAAUAGACCAGUACAACAACGAGGAUAUCUUCGUGUUCCUGCUGUCGACGAAGGCGGGCGGGCUGGGCAUCAACCUCACUGCCGCAGACACCGUCAUCAUACACGAUAUAGACUUCAACCCUUACAAUGAUAAGCAAGCUGAGGACAGAUGUCACAGGAUGGGCCAGACGCGUCCAGUGACGAUAUACCGCCUGCUGAGCUGCGGCACCAUCGAGGAAGGAAUCUACCAGGUCGCGCAGGAGAAACUCAAUCUCGAGAAACAUGUCACUGGUGAUGAUGAAAACGACAAGACGGAGCAGAAGAACGUGGUGCGGUUAUUAUCAGCGGCCCUUGGUCUCACGUCCCCCUCCAAAUGAUCACUGAACAGUGACAUCAGCCCCGAGUGACCGACCAAUCACAAACUUGUGAACCAAUAUUUGUGCAAACAUUUGUUACAAAGUGAAAGAAGUGCGCGCUGUGAAUAUAAUAGUGUAUAUUGUAUUUAAUAUAUGAUCAGUUUACUCGUGAAUUUAAGUGAUGAAGCUUUUGGACGCAAAUUCGUUAAUUUUCUCAGUGUGUAAAGAUAAUGUUCAUGUGAUUUGCCAUCCACUGCCUUAUACAAAUGUUAAUAGAGUUCUAAAUAAACGUGGUUAUCCUACUCAAUAUCAAGCUCGCGAUUUUUAAUGAUAGAUGUGCUAUAUCAGUCGAAUAGUAUGUGGUAUUAGACCUUAUCUCAAGGUGCUUGGGAUGAAAUUACUACUACAAACGUGUAAGUCACGUUUUAUCAAAUAAUUGUUAAAGAUAAUUCUUUUAGUGGUUACUUAAAGUUUCUUGUUGAUAAAAUAAAAAUACUGUCAGAGAGAAUAUGGUGCAAAACAUCUGCCAAAACAAUCGCGAGUAUCAAUUAAUAAUUUAAUAUUUAUACUGGAAAGCUGGACUUUUAUAGGAGUAUUAGGAGUAAAAGACUUUUCUGGGAUUACUACUCAUUAAAAGAUAUGUUUAUUUUAAUUUCUCAUAAAUAACUAGAUUUUACAAGUGUAUGCAAAUAGAAUUGAGGCGCCUAUUUUAUUUUAUUUAUUUCUACACCUACAUUAGUAAAUUCUAGUGUAUAUUUACACAUAUUUAUUUUAGUUUCAAUUGUUUAAAAGUCUUUAUUUAUUUACUUUCUAUGAAGUUGUAAAAAAUGUAUAUGUAGUGGAUUUAAAACAAAUAAAUACAUUUGGCAAAGAACAAAACACUGUGAAAUCACUCUGUAUACAGACCACACUGAAGUUAGUUGUGUGUGAGCGAGAUGCAAGUAUACACGAACUGUAAUUUCGAGUGAGACAGCGAUACGAUUGCAGCACAUUUCAGAGGGCUUAGUAAGAGUUUGUUUUACGUUUAACGAUAUCGAUACGUUACCGCUUUCGGCGCUCUGAUUGGCCGGCUACAAUGAACCAACCAAUCAGAGGGCUAAACGUGGUUACGGUGCAAUCUCGUUUAACGUAAAGAAACUCAUACUAGACCCUCAGACUGGUAAUUUUUUGUACUCUACUUGAUGAAAGUGUGAAAAUAAAAAUGUAUGUGACCUUGUAGAACGUAUUAUUUAUUUGUAAAGCGCCUUCCGCGUGUUUCAGUAUUUAAUAAGCUGAUCUGAUGAUUUAUAUUGAAAUACUGACAAAAUGGCUGACUGCUAACUUCAAGUAAAUGACUGAUGCCCUCAAUGACAUAGAAGUUUGUAUAACUUCUAAGAUUUGAUGAGCUUUUCCUAUGGAACAGGGAUCGUGGACGAUUCUGAACUCUUUUCCUUACGCAGGAAGGAUGAAUUUGCAACAAACAACUUAUCUCUAUCGAGGUAGUUAUGAAGUUUUGUCAAAGAUUAGUUACGCUCUGUAAUAAGAGCGUAUAUCACACGACUGUACAUACGAAUUUAAAUCUUUUGUACUAGCGUUUAGAGGCGAUUAUAAAAUAAACCUUCUGAAAUUAGAUUAUAGUAGUUAAAGUGUCAGGAUAUCAAUAUAAAUGGUUAUAGAAAAUGAAAAUAAUGAUUUAUCGAAGCGCCCACAGACUAGUGUUAAUUUAUUUUACUGAAUAAAAUGUGACUUAUUGCUGUUUACUACUGAGGUAUAAAUACUUAGAAUAAAUAGAUUAAGUACGUAAUUAAAAAUAAAUUAUAAAUCUGGGUCCAAUGUCUGUGUAUCAUUUAUUUGGUUAUUUUUGUUUAGUUUCGUUUUACAGACAAUUUCCUUAUUAUUAAUAAAUAAUAUAAGAAUUAAAAAAAAAACAUCCCGUAAACUUUUCGAGAAUGCUCGACUGAUUUCAAACCAUUUCGGGAUUCAUAACCGUCUGCGCCCGACAGUGUCAAACAAAAGGUUACACUCAUUUUUAUGAUCUACAUGUUUAAUUAAUUAUAGUUAUUUUAAUUUAAUUUUAUUAUACAUUGAACAUAUUUUUUUUUAUUUACAAUAUGAUUAGUUAAUUACCAGUGCUGCACUUGAGUUGUCCAGAUCAAAAGUAACUCAAGUCGUUAAUCUUUUAAUUUACGAAACAGCAUCGAAAUAAGUUCAGCCGUUUUGUAAACUAGUACAAACAUGAUACACAAACAUUGGGAACAAACAAAAAAUUGUAAAAAAAACGUAUACGCGGUUUAUAAAUUGUACCUAUUAGUGUAAUAAAUUCAUUAAGGCCAGUUUUAGAUCUUCCUGAUCGUCACUUUGUACCAGAUAUAUGGAAUUACAGACUCUCAAUCUAUCUUCAACUGUAUACAUCUAGUAAUAAGGUUGAAAAUCGAUUAACUGUAGGUUGAUGUGCUUUAGCUGUCAAUUUAGGGAAGGUUUAUAAUAUCUGACGGAAUAAGCGUCGCGUAAUAUUGGUAAUGCCAGGACAGAAAAAUGUAUAGAAAAACACUUGACUGCUCAUACUCAACCGAUGAUACGUUAGUGCGAUCGAUGAUACGUUCGACGUAUUAUAUUAACCUUCUCUAAGUACAUUAGAGGCCUACUACGAGUAUGUUUUACGUUUAAACGAGAUUGAAACGAGAGCGCGUUCGCCGCUCUGGUUGGCCGGUGCGAAUGGACCAACCAAUCAGAACACCGAACCCGCUGCCGUUUCGAUAUAGUUAAACGUUAAGCAAACUCGUACUAAGGGUACAGGGAGUUCUGAAACUGGUCCUAGGUGUAGUAAAUAAUUCAUCAUUACUUACUAUGAACGUGUAAGAUAUUUGGUUAUUAGUAAAUACGGUUAAAUACUUUUUAAAUUGGUUUAAUUAGUCUAUUUUUCAUAUUAGAGAUUCUGUUUUGGCUAAAACUUCUUUCCGAUGAGGUGUUCAAAAAUAGUGUUUUGGACUUAUCAAAUUAAUUUAAAAGCUGGGGUUUGAAAUUACUAAAAAAAUGCGUUACUCUUCACCACAUCUGAAAUAACCAAAAGUUUACUACUGUGAUUAGUCUUUUCCUUGAAGCAAAUACAAAGAGUUCAAUAAUUGGAUUUUCCUUUUUGUUUACGGGGAGCGCGAGACGUUACAAACCACGCCCCUCUCUAGCGGUCCCUUACUACAAAUACAUUGCUAAUUGUCUUCAUUUUAAUAUGCCACUCUCUGAGGGCUUAUAACCUUUCUACACCUACUUAUAAUAUCAUUGGGCUGGGCCGAUUUGUUUUGUCACAGUCUAAAACUGGUCACAUUAUGGCAUCUCCUCUUUGUAUUUGCUUAGUGGCCUUACUUUAUUUAUUUCCAUUUUCUGUGCACAAAAUACCUUUAAUCUUGUCGUGAUAUGCUAUAAAAGCUUAAAAAAGUUAAAUUAUAACAAACAUUGAGAUAAAAAGUUUUCGUUACACAAAAAUUUUACAUUAAAGUGAGGACUUUUCGUUUUUGCAAUCUGUAGGUGGCGCCACUAGCGAGUUAGGUCCGUAACAUGUUUCAUGGUGUGAAUAGGUGACCUUAAUAGGCAAUCGGGUAUUGGUUUAAAAUCAUGAGUUCCUAGGAAGCCUAGAAGACAGUAAGAACAGCAUAGUCCUCAGUAAAUUGAAAAAGAACAAGAAAAUAUUAUUUUUUAUUAUAAUGACUCUAUUUUUAUGGCGCUCAAGUUUCCUAAGGCCAAAGUAUACCUUUACUCAUUCAAACUAUUUGAUUGAAUAAUGUUUAUGUUAUAAUUCGUCAUCUUGCCAUUUUAUUAUAAAAUUAUUCUAUGAUUUUAUACAAUUUUUUAUGUUUAUAAGUAACCACUGUGUUUAAAUUUAAACCUUAGUUCAAGUGUAUUAUGUCUUAACUUUCUUUGAACAGGUGAUUUCUUGGAAUGUAAACAUUAUUCAACAUAACGAUUACAUGAGUUGUGUAUUUUAAUUAGUAAUUUAUUAUAUUUUUAGUUCAAUUUUUCGUUUAUAAGUAGUAAGUUUUUAGUUUAAUUUUAGUGUAGAACAUUCCUUAGUAAAAUAAAUUAGUUGAUUUUA